ACUAUCUUUGCGCUAGUGCCAGUCAGUCAUCCGUCGAAUCACGAUCGUGUAGUCAGUUUUAAGUUAUUCUCACGAUAGUAAGAAUGUCGGUCGGUUAUAGAAAGGUGCCACCCGAGGGUGGCUGGGGUUUGCUGGUCGGGAUCGGAAUGGCCGCUAUGUUCACGGUUUCGCUAGGUUCUUUGCCCUCGUUUGGGCUGAUGUAUGGAGACUUUUUAACCAGCCUUGGUGAAGAGACGAGCGCAAUCGCGCUGAUUACAAGUUGUUUCUUCAGUGCACUAAGCUUCGCGGGGCUUUUCACUAACACGCUUAUGAAGAAGACAUCCUGCCGGACAGUUGGCUUGAUUGGAGCCUGCCUGUAUGUGGUUGGUAGUUUCUUAACGAUUUUUGUCAGAUCCACCAAUGAACUGUUGGUGUCAUUUAGUAUAUUUCAAGGAGCUGGGUUUGGUCUGAUGAUUCCCGUUUCUUACACCACAUUCAAUGCUUAUUUCGUGGAGAAGCGCGUGGUUAUGAUGAGCAUUUCGCAAACCUUGAUAGGUUUGGGUACAAUGUUUUAUCCAAUUUUCAUUCAAAAAACUAUGGAAGCAUACGGCUUUCGAGGUUGUAUGGCAGUUCUUGCGGCAGUGAAUAGCCACACAGUGGUAGCAAUGCUGGUAAUGCAACCCGUAGAAUGGCACCUAAAAAAGGUGCACGUUGAAGAAGAAGAAAUUCAAAUCACAGAAAAACCUAAAGUUGAGGCUCCCUCUGACAAGACCGCACAUGAUGCAAAAUUACUAAGAGUUAAGGAGACAAAUCGUUCGCGAAGGGCAUCCUCGAUUCCCGGUCUCGGAAACUGGUCCGGUCCGGUUGUCGUCAGCGACUCUACUGAGCGUGAUAAAAAACCAUCCACCAAAUGGCAAGUUCUGGUGGACUUCUUGGAUCUCACCCUGCUGAAGGAUCCGAUCUAUGUCAACAUCGUUCUUGGCAUCUCAUUCGCACUCUACUCGGAUCUGGCAUUCUUCACUCUGCAGCCGAUGUAUUUGUUCAUGAUAGGAUUUACCAAACCGGACGUUUCUCUAAUCAUCGCCAUCGGAGCCGGAGCGGAUCUGCUAUCGCGCGUUUUUCUGGCCAUUUCCAGCACAUGUUUAAACAUUAAGGCUCGCUACGUCUAUCUGGCUGGGGCGCUUUUCACCAUCAUGGCACGUUUCGCAUUUUUGUUCGUUACCGAUUUUUACGGCAUGGCUAUCAUAACAGCCAUAAUGGGAUUCCUGCGAACCUGGAUACAUGUUCCGCUGCCGUUGGUAUUUUCGGAAUAUCUGCCCCAAAAACGAUUUCCGUCCGGUUACGGUUUGUUUAUGUUCCUGCAGGGGAAUAUUACGUUUGCAGUAGGACCGAUUGUUGGCUACAUCCGUGACGUUACCGGAAGUUACUCGAUUUCGUUCCACUGUCUAACACUGUUCAUGGCAUUAUGUGUAUUUCCUUGGCUGUUCGAGAUUGUUUACUACUGGCUCAAGGCAAAAGCUCUGAAGGUCGCUGGACAGCGAGCAGCUUCCGUGGACAUACGUCUGGAAGCGAUGGAUGGCCAGUCGACUAGCUGAAUGCGCUGAAGCUGAAUUAUUUUUCUAAAAUAAUGCUUCCUAGAACUCAUGCAACGGGAGAAUUUUACCGUUGUUGUCAACUGAUUGUAGCGAGGUGGAUCCCAACCUUUCUGGCUC